ACUGAUGGCCGAGAUUAUUGGCGGGAGUGAUGAAAUCAGCAUUCAAAGUGAAAAAACCGAAAACCAAACAAUAGUCAAGCGCAAUACAACGAAAAAAUCUAAACUUAAGCAAUUGAAACAAUAAUUUAAUGCAUUAUCCGAGUUGAAUGCAUCGCGUAAUAAGAUACGGUAAAAUAGUGUCGGUUGUGAUUUGUUUAUGCGUCAUUUUGCGAAGUACAACUUGUCAAACACACGGGGUCAACAACUUCUACCGCGGAUACCCCGAAGUGCAACAACACCCAUCAGCUGGAAAACUGUACGGUACCGACAAUGUCAAAAACCAUGGAGGUGGUGGUUAUUAUCCAUUACCGGAUGUAAACGACAACGACAGUAAAAAAUGGCAAACACUUGAGUCAUCAGUGCACCAUCAUGGCGAUGGUUCUAAUGCAGCAGCUGCAACACCAAUCGACAUAACCGCAGUCACGGUUAAAAGUGGUAGUCCGGUCGUCGUCAGUGGUGGCAGCGUUGUAAUUAGACCAUCAGCUGGAGGUUUCGUUGUCGAUGGCGGUGGAGGCAUAAAGACGUUGAGCGAACCAGAAGCGGCCGGAGUGCAGCUGCAACAGCCGUUAUCCGUCGGAUCGUACGACAUUCCUAAUGAUGGAGUGUUGCAGUAUGGCUCCCCGCCUCCACAGCAUUAUCAGCCAUUCGGAUAUCCAUUUUUCCACGCUUCUGGGCUGUUGCAACGGUUGUUGUUCGGUAAGACGAUUUACAGCCCGUCGCCAUUGGAUGGAUACUCUCCGUUGUGCAGCCGAUUGACAUCGAUCGGCCGAUUCCUUCUCGACAGGGUAUUUGAGCCGAUGUUCGCCACUGGUUUCUUUAUGGCUGCCUCGUACCUGUUCCGGACGUCAGUGUUGCCCAGGAUAGCGCAUUACAUUCAUGUGUACACCAUGUUAAAAGACCAUGUGGACAAUGGUCGGUUCGCGAACGGUCGUCAGAUAUCUGGAUACUUGGACGCCCUAACAGCGGCGGUCAAUGAUGCAAUUAAUGAUGACAAGCCGUGUUUACGGAGAAUUGUCUGUGAGGCCGGACUUCAAGUGGCUAAGAGUCCUGUAGCUCGUUCUGUUCGAAGCAUGGCAAAAAUAGUUAUUUCAAAACAUGAAUUGGUUCACAUUUUCAAAGAAUCAUUAACCGAGUCUGUUUUUGAAUGUAGUCAAUACAUGUGCAAAAAUCAUGCAAAAUUUAAAAUGUAUUCAUAUAAUUUCUUUAAUGCGUUAAAAUGAAAUGCAUUUUUAAUUUGAACUUUAUAAAUAUUUAAUUUAUUGUUAUUUAUUACCCAACAUUAUAAUAUAAUAUGUGUAAACAUAAUGUAUUGAUAUAAAUUAAAU